GACGUCGAUGCGACUCCUCCUCCCUGCGCUCCUAGGACGUAUCUGGACAUCCAGGGUCCUGUAGCACCCCUCUGCUGCCCGGCUGCCCUAUGUGCACUCUGCAGCUGCACCUGCUGACGGUGCUGGUCCUGAUGCUUCCUGACGCAGCCGGACCUCAGCCUUCCCCUACCCAGGCUCUGCCCACCUCCUCUGCCCUGGGACCAGUGACACCCGAAGUAGCGACUGCAACUCCGCCGGACUGGUCUGAGGGUCCUACUGCCGGGACCCCGUCGAUGCCCGAGAACGUGACCACAGACCCCUUCCCAGCCUUACCGAUCUGCGUCUGUGACUUGACUCCUGGGACCUGCGAUUUAAACUGCUGCUGUGACAAGGACUGCGACCUUCUCCAUCCCAGGACAGUCUUUUCCUUCUGCCUUCCUGGUAGUGUAAGAUCUGCCAGCUGGGUAUGUGUGGACAACUCUCUUAUCUUCAGGAGCAACUCCCCAUUUCCUUCCAGAGUUUUCACGGAUUCCAGUGGAAUCACACAGUUUUGUGUCCGUGUGAACAACUCAAAAUUAAACUAUUUCCAGAAGCUCCAAACAGUCAAUGCAACAAACUUCCCAGCCCUGGCUGCAGAGUUUGGAGGCCAGUUCUUUACUUCAACACCUGAAACCCAGCUGCCAUUACCAUUUUACAGGGCUGGGCAUCCCAUCCUGACUUACUACCCCAGCUGGUCUGUAGUGAGUUCACUGAAGCAGCCCGCAGCAGUGGGAGCUGGGGGAUUUUGUGCUGAGAGCAAUCCUGCGGGCUUCCUAGAGAGUAAAAGCACAACCUGCACGCGUUUCUUCAGGGACCUGGCAAGUAGCUGCACCUCGGAGCCAGCCCUGGAUGCUGCCACUUACUAUAACUUCACAGUCUUGAAGGUUCCAAGAGGUGUGACUGAUCUUCAGAAUACAAAGCUCCAGGUUCCUGUAACACUUGCCUCACAAAGCAGCCCCCCUCUGCUGGCGGGAAACACAUGUCAGAACAUAGUUUCCCAGGUCAUCUACGAGAUAGAGACCAACGGGACCUCUGGGAUCCAGAAAGUCUCUGUCAGCUUUAAACAGACCAACCUGACUGUCAAGCCAGGCACUUCCUUACAACAGGAUUUCAUCAUUCACUUCAGGGCAUUUGCGCAGCGCAUGGAUGCUCUUCCUACUGGUCCUAGAAGUGGGAAUCCUGGCUACCUCAUCGGAAAGCCACUUCUGGUGCUGACUGGUGACUUCCGUCACUCAAUGACCCUGUUGCAGAGCGAGGGUAAUGGAAUUUGUUCUGUUAAGAGACAUGAAAUACAGUUUGGCGUGAACGCAGUAUCUGGCUGCAAGUUAAGACCCAAAGAGGUGAACUGCAGCCAUUUGCAGAAGGAGAUUUACCAGGCUCUUCAUGGACAUCCCAGACCAGAGCACGUUGCCAUCUUUGGCAAUGCUGACCCAGCCCAGAGAGGAGGGUGGAGAAGGAUCCUCAGCAGGAACUGCAGUGUUUCAGCUCUUAACUGCACUUCCUGCUGUUUUAUCCCAGUUUCCCUGGAGAUCCAGGUGUUGUGGGCACAUAUAGGACUCCAGUCCAACCCACAAGCUCAUGUGGCAGGCGCCCGGUUCCUGUACCAAUGCAAGUCUGUACAGGAGCACCAGAGGGGAACAGAAGUAUCGUUGACAACUCUUGUGAGCUUCGUGGACAUCACUCGAAAGCCAGAGCCACCAAGGGAUCAACCUAGAAUGGACUGGAAACUGCCAUUUGAUUUCUUCUUUCCUGUCAAGGUGGCAUUCAGCAGAGGGCCCAGUGUCCACCAGGGCUCAGCCUCUCCUGCUCUCAUCCUGUGUGUCUUCCUACUUGGACUUCUCAGCUCACAGACUACGUGAAGAAAACUAUUAGAGCUCACUUUUCCCUAUGGGAAAUUCUGAGACAGCCUGCUUAUCUUGGCUAACAAGGUCCCCACUUACUCAUGAUUACAGGGGGCCAUUUAGGGAAACAGAACCUAAGUAAAGAAAGAAUCCCCCCCCCAUUUUCUCACUAUGUAGCCUUGGCUGGCCUGGAACUCCUAAUGUAGGCCAGAUUGGGCUCAGACUCACAGUCUAACCCUGCCUCUGCUUCCCAAGUUCUGGGAUUAAAGGCAUGUGCCACCUUGCCCAGCCAGGAAUCUUUAUAAAUUGAAGAUUUAUAUUGUAUUUAGAAUUCAAUGUUAAUUGUAUUCUAAAAAUGCAAUUAAAAAUAUGUCAU